AUGCCCGAACCGGAGGCCACCCCCGAGUUCCAGGCUACUGCUGCCGACCUCUCGCCUUACUGCCCAUCUCCCCUCCACUCCGCCGCCCCAGCUGUUGUACCUGCUCUUCAGGAUACUGCUGAUAUCCUUGAUGCAAUGUCCGCCCACACUAAUGGAGUCGCUCAUGGCGACCUAGACGCACCUGCACAUACACCAAUUUCGACCGAACCGUAUGCGCAAGCUGCCGCAGACAACGCAGACGCCGAAGACGACGUCGACAGUCUGGACGAUGCCUACGGAGAGGAAGAGGAGACACACACGGACAAGGUUCAGGAACAACAGAUGGAGCCAGAUGCCGGCGAGGAUGAUUAUCUCAAGAUCUUCGACUCUCCCCCCCGGGAUGCGGAUCAAGAUGGCGCGGAAGAGGAUGAUGUAUCAAAGGCACCAGAAUCCAUUCACAAUUCCGCCGCUCCUGAUUCUUUGACAAGCCCUUCGCAAGUGGCCCCCUCCACCGUCGCUGCCGCUGAUUCCUCGUCGGCCAAAACUGCCGCUACUGCUGCUGCUGCCGCGGAACACUCUACAAAAUCCGCGUCUUCCCAACCAGCUGCCGCCCACCCAGGAGCUGUCUCAAGCGCGCCUUAUUCGACUGCCAACGGCGCCUCCUUCAACGCACGCAAUGACAAUGCCCCCGAGGAUGACCCCGCCGUUGAUAUCUCUCGCCUCGUUGCUGAGAUGACAGGCCAGGCAAGCGAGUCCAGCAACGACCAAUCUUCCACAGGCUCUGCUCAGAACCAUGAUGCUCAGCCAUCGUCCAACUUGACUUCGUCCGCGUCUGCCACUCUUCCUCCCAGACCUCCGCUGCCUCAACAGGCGGCUCCCACAUACCCAUCUGAAGACUAUCGAGGCUUCCCUCCUCAGAACGCUGCUCCUCAUGUCUCUCCAAACAUGAUCGCUCCGCCCACGCCAGGUCAACCCUCUACCUACGUAGCUGCGGGUGCUCCAGGUGCCCCGGGUACCGCAUCCGACGUCUAUGGCAGCCUCCCUCCUCCACCCGCCAACGGUUUGAAUGCGGCCAUGCCCAUUACUUCAAUGAACGCGCCUCCCUAUCCCACUCCUGGGGGCUACCCCGCCGGCCAGACGGACGAUACUGCUGACCGCCAGAACCUUUGGGACACCUUCGUAAACGACGAGCGCCGUUACAUGGCUGAUGCCAAAUGGGAUAAAUUCCCCGAUGGCUCACGCAUCUUCAUUGGCAACCUGUCGAGCGAACGCGUUUCCAAGCGGGAUGUCUUUGAUAUCUUCCACAGAUACGGCCGUCUCGCCCAGAUCUCACUCAAGUCCGCCUAUGGCUUCGUCCAGUACCACAACUUAGAAGACGCUCAAGCUGCCAUGGACAAUCUGCAGGGCAGCGAGAUUAAGGGUCGCAAGAUUCAUCUGGAAAUCUCACGCGCCCAGAAGAAGAAGGACGGCAACGAGAGAAACCGAUCGCCAGACCGUGGUGGCCGUGGAGGUCGACAAUCAGGACGCCAAGAUCGUCAGGAUCGCCAUGACGGAGCCAACUCGCACCACGACAACCGUCGUAACCGCGAUGAUUACAGGCCGGGACGUAACAGCCCUCCCCGACGUGGCCAUGGUCGUGAGGAUAGUCACGGUCGGGAUCGUUACCAGCAUGACUCUCAUGAUCGCUCCCGUGGUCGCUCGCGGUCCCCGCAGGGAUACGGCCACAGCCAUACCGAUGGAUAUCGUCGGCGCAGUCCCAGCCCGCCUGCAGCCUAUGGUCGUCCUUCUGCAGCUGACGACCGUCUGGAUAUUCCUCGCCGCUAUGGCAACCAGGUUCCUGAUGUUCAGUUCUUGCUCCUCCAGGAUCUUAGCCGCGACUUCAUCACCUGGGUUCAACGCGGUUUUACCGAUCGUGGCCUGAAGGUCGACGUCAUGUUCCUCCACCCAAGCUUCCCUCGUGAGGCUAUUGUUCAACGCCAAGUCAUCGAAGGCGUACACGCCAUUGUCGAUCUCGACAUACAGGCACAAAACAUGGGUAAGAUCCCGCUCCGAGUCUUUGACCGCUCCGGAGGCGUCAGUGCCCGAUAUGACGACUACCGAGACAUCGACCCACCGAUCGCGGCAGAGCUCGUCCUCCGGGCCAAGUCACAAGCUGUACCGGCGGCACCUUAUCAGAAUGCCCCGCCUCCUCAGCCUCAGUACCCGGGAUACGGACAGCCUUAUGGAGGGCAGCCCGUACUUCUUCAUGCACCUGCUUAUCACGGAGGCCAGGGGUCGCCACGUGGGCCUCCAGUCCAACAACCCCAACCCCCGGUUGGAGUGCCAGCCGACCUCGCCAGCAUGAUGAAUGGCAUCGAUAAUGCGACUUUGCAGCGGCUGUUGGUUAGCAUGAACCCUCAAGGUGGUCCGGCGGCUGUCAACAAUGCUGCCGGAGCUGCAAACGCUCAGCUACAAGCCCUCAUGGGGGGUCUUCAGCAAGCGCCGCCUUCGGCACCAACGCAGCCUGCCUCGUAUGGCGGACAGGCCUUUGCCCCCAAUGGCGCGCCACCUUCAAAUGGCCCGAACGGCCACCCCCCUGCAACUGGCGCCGGCGAUUCUGCAGUUCAAGUCCAGAAUAUUAUGGCACAACUGGCCAGAUAUCGGCAGUAA